UACACCUCUCUCUCUCUCUCUCUCCUCUCUCUUCUCUCCAAGAACCCCACCACCCUCAAUUCCCUCUCUCGACGCCAAGAAAUCGAAACCCUCUCUCCCUCUAUCUCUCUAGGGUUAGGGUUUCCUUCUUCCUCCUAUAUCUCUCUUUCUAGGGCUAGGGUUCGGGUUGGGGCUUGGUCUCCGGCGAGAGAUGUGGGAUGCUGGGACGGCUGAUAAGGUUGCUGUCCGCGUGCUGGAGGCCCCGCGGCGGUGGCGGUGACGGUGACAGCGGCGGCGGAAGGGAGGGGCUGCUAUGGUACCGGGACCUGGGGCGGUGCGCCGGGGGGGACUUCUCCAUGGCCGUCGUGCAGGCCAACCAGGUGCUCGAGGACCAGAGCCAGAUCGAGUCCGGGCCCUUUGGCACCUUCGUCGGGGUGUACGACGGCCACGGUGGCCCGGACGCCGCUCGCUACGUCUGCGAUCACCUCUUUCGCCACUUCCGAGAGAUUUCAUCUGGACCACAGGGUGUGACAUCUGAUGGCAUUCAAAGAGCCUUUCUAGCUACAGAGGAAGGGUUUAUGGCGCUUGUUUCUCAGCUGUGGAACUCUCGGCCAGAUAUGGCAACAGCGGGGUCGUGCUGCCUUGUAGGUGUCAUUAGCCAAAGGACUCUCUACGUGGCCAAUUUAGGUGACUCCCGUGCGGUUCUUGGGAGGAAGGUCGGUAACACGGGUGAAAUUGCUGCAAUACAGCUGUCCACCGAACACAAUGCUAAUAUGGCGGAUGUGAGGCAGGAAAUCAAGGCUCAACACCCAGAUGAUCCACAGAUUGUUGUCCUUAAACAUGGAGUUUGGAGAAUCAAAGGCAUAAUUCAGGUUUCUAGAUCUAUAGGUGAUGCAUAUAUGAAACAUGCCCAGUAUAACAGGGAACCAAUCAAUGCAAAGUUCAGAAUUUCUGAACCCACGAGCAUGCCUAUCUUGAGUGCAGAUCCAUCAAUUAUCUCUCAACAUCUUCAACCAAGUGAUUCUUUCAUCAUAUUUGCUUCAGAUGGUCUAUGGGAACACCUAACUAAUCAACAAGCAGUUGAGAUUGUUAACAAUCAUCCGCAUGCUACUUGCGGUCUUUAAUUCUUGAGGAAAAAGAAACAAAUAGAACUGCCUAUGCUGGCAUUUGGGUGAGAUAACUACUGGUUCAGAAGAGGCAGCAUAUUCAGAUGAUUUAGAUAAAUGAUUUUACGUCUGAUUUAUGGGGUGGUUGGGCAAUGCUGACAAAUUUCUGUUUUCUUCAAUGAAUAGUCACUGGAUUUUUUUUCUUAAUCAACAAGCCUUCACUGCUAGCAAGGAGCAGUUGAUUGCAUGAUAAAUUUUCCUGAGGCCAGCUGAUGCUCUCCUCGAUACUGGAUCUCCAGAGAUAUUCAUGGGUGCAGACAUGCGAAACCUAUUACCACCUUUUGAUUUGUGAAGAUAGAAUGUGUUGUGAAACUAUAUAGACCAGCUGAUUGGGUUUCUUGAAGUUUGUUAUGAAGUUGAUGCAUUCAUCCAUUUUCAAUGUUUUAAUUGUACCUCAUUGUUUUGUAGCGUUAAAACUCAAGAAUUGUCUAAAAGUGUAGCACCUCUGGAUUUGCAUUUCAUGGAUGAAUGGCUUGAGGGUUUAUAAAUGUUCUGAUUGGAACCUGAAUGAAGGUUAUUUGUUUAUGAGAAGCAGGAUAGUAUGAACGGUUUAAACAUUUUUUUGAAUAUUUUGUUGUUAUUUUGGAAUUAUUCUAUUUUAUUAUACCAUUGUGUAGUUCUUGACUUCAUUUUUUGCAAAAUUGACACUAAGGAUCAGGCAAUAUGAUUGUGAGUAUAUGUAACUCAUCAAACACAUGAAGUUUCGAUUUGAAGCUUUAGGUUGAGCCUUUUGUCUUAUAUAUCAACGUAUUAGUGUUCUACAGAGAUUGUCCAUUUCCAGCCCUGUAUUCAAAGUUAAGGCGUAGUCAUGUGUUUUUGGUAUCAUACUGGUCUUUUUUCCUAGGUUUCUAGAAUAGCAUUUCACUGUCUUCGGCAUCUCCCAUGCACUCGAGAAGGGAUUGUACCUUGCCUGUUUUUAAGACACUUUGACCACCUUGGUUUCAAGAAAUCUUUUAAUGAUAUUUAUGAUUGAAACAACUCAUUCAACAAUUUACUCAGAAAAGGUUGAUUUAUUUUAUUAUUUAUUUAUUUAUUUUGAUGAUAUUAUUUUAUUUAUUUUGAGAAUUUCAUGUACGAUGAGUUCCAAGAUCUAGUUGCUUUCUUUUCUAUUAAAAGAAUGAUUAGGCUAUUUGAUUUUUGAGAAUUAUACCGAUGAUGAGUUCCAAGAUCUAGUUGCAUUCUUUUCUAUUAAAAGAAUGAUUAGGCUAUUUGGUAGAUGCUAUCUGAGCAGAUGAUGUAUUUCUUCCAACUGGCAGCGCUAAAACUUGCCUCGUUGAUACCCCUUUCCUGAGGUUGUUACUGAGGCACAGGCAGCCCCCUUGUGCUGUAUCUUAGGAUCCUCGCACCCCUACUGGUUGCUAGAAAAUGAAGAGUUAACAUUAGUUUUGGCUGUUGUUUCGGCAAAUAGAUGUGAUGCUGAUUAAUUGGGUUUCUGAAUGCAAUGAUUAAAUUAGAUCAAAAUUCAUCUCUGUACAUUCUUAAUUCAUUUCCACACUGCUCUGGGCUAUGAUCCGAAAUCUUGGUACUUCAUUUGCAUUACUAUUUUGUCAUUG